AUGGGAGCCAGUCUUGGUGCUGGCACGGGAGCCAGUCUUGAUGCUGGCAUGGGAGCCAGUCUUGAUGCUGGCACGGGAGCCAGUCUUGAUGCUGGCACGGGAGCCAGCCUUGGUGCUGGCACGGGAGCCAGCCUUGGUGCUGGCACGGGAACCAGCCUUGGUGCUGGCAUGGGAACCAGCCUUGGUGCUGGCACGGGAGCCAGCCUUGGUGCUGGCACGGGAGCCAGCCUUGGUGCUGGCACGGGAGCCAGUCUUGGUGCUGAGGCGGAACCCAGCAUGGUAGGAGCUGGUGCGGGAACCAGCGAGUCCAGGGCUGGUGCGGAGACCAGCGAGUCCAGGGCUGGUGCGGAGACCAGCGGGUCCAGGGCUGGUGCGGAGACCAGCGGGUCCUGGGCUGGUGCGGAGACCAGCAGGAGUGAGCGCAGCACGCGCCUCUCCAUCCAUGCCCGCCGGAACUGCUCCCACCUCUCAUGCGAGCCGUCAGCGUUGUCAGCCCUGGUGUACCUGGAGAUGACAUCCUCCACAGCGAUCAUCCUCCCCCAGAGAUCGCUGGAACUGCAGGGUUCCUCCCCCCAAGCGACAGGUACGCAGGGGUGUACGGCGUCCUCCCCCCAGAGACAGGUGCGACGUCCUCCCCCCCACGAAGGGAAACACACCGGCAUGGACUGGGUUGCGUCUGAGGAGGGACGUGCUGGAGUUCGGUGGAGCCGGCUCGGUUCCGCCGCCCGUUGCUCCUGUGGUGAGUCCAAGCAGACUGCCCCCCUCCCUUUGAAGACCGCUCCAGGAAAGCAGGAGGUGGUUGGGGAGGAGGUGGGUUGCGAGGAGCUGUCGCUCUGUGAGAAGGUGAAGAAAGAGAGCCAAAAAAGGAAAAACAAUCAGGAUGACUCUGAUGAAGAUGACGAUGACGAUGAUGAAGCAGGACCAUCGACACAGCAAGUUGCUGCUGUUCAGCCUCAGGCGAGCUACGUCACACCAAUGACCCAACCUGGCAUUCCUGUGGCUGGUGCACCUGGGUUACCUCCUGCAGGAUAUCAAGGAAUGCCUCCCAUGAUGCCUGGUGUUCCUCCCAUGAUGCAUGGCAUGCCCCCUGGAAUGCCUGGGAUGCCACCAGCCAUGAUGCCAAUCGGAGGGAUGAUGCCUCCCAUGAUGCCAGGGAUGCCCGGUAUUCCUCCAGGAAUGCCCCCUCACAUGGCUCCAAGGCCUGGGAUGCCCCACCUUGCUCCAGCCCCUGCAGCAGGACCAAUACCCAGCCGACCAGUGGUGCCAGCAGCUCAGCCCGCUGUCACCAAACCGCUGUUCCCUAGUGCAGCACAGAUGGGUUCUGGUGUUCACAGCAGCACAACAGGCCCUUCCUCUCCGCCUGCAGACCUUCAGUCUGCCUCCUCCCAGACUCCCUUUUCUAACAUGCCCCAAGCUCAGCAGAGCACCUCAGGAGCUACAGCUUCAAGUUCACUCAACACUUCCACCUCCUCUGACCCUCCCAAAGCAACAUUCCCUGCCUACACCCAGCCCUCUGUCUCCUCUUCUUCUAAUCCCUCUAGUAGCACUGUGGCCAAACCCCCAGCCACAGUGACCAGUAAGCCUGCCACCCUCACCACUACGAGUGCAACUAGUAAGUUGAUCCAUCCUGAUGAGGAUAUCUCACUGGAGGAGAUGAAGGCUCAGUUACCGCGUUACCAGCGUCUCAUACCCAGGCCCGGUCAGGCCCAUGCUGCUGCUGCCCCAGUGGCAGCUGUGGGCAGCAUAAUUCCCCCACAGCAAGGUCUGCCACCACAGCAGCCUGGCAUGAGGCAUCCCCUGCAUGGUCAGUACGGUGCCCCCCCUCAGGGCAUGCCUGGCUACAUGCCUGGAGGGAUGCCUCCAUAUGGGCAAGGACCUCCCAUGGUUCCCCCUUACCAGGGCGGGCCUCCACUGGGUAUGAGGCCACCUGUCAUGUCUCCAGCUGGACGCUACUGAAGAAACAAAGCAGCCACCACAUUAGGUUUGAGGUUAACACCUUUCUCUCAUCCAUGUGCUUUUUCAAACCUAGCUGCAAGCAAAGAGUAGUAAAACCAGUGGUGGUGAAGACAAACGUUUAUUAAAACGCAUGGACAUUUAUUCUAACAUGUUUAUUGGAGAGAAAAAAACAGCCAAACACCACAUUAAUACCUAACAACUUGUUGGUGUUACUUGAUCACAUGUGAGGAUAUAUUUUUUUCCCUCUCAGGUUCAUAGAGGUGAAGUGUGUAAAAAUGAUUCGUAUUUCUUUUGAAGCCGCUGGAGUUACAUGAACAUGCCAACCCCUUACAAAAGGCAAGUUUUUUCUUGUAAACAUUUGAUUAUUUUUAUUUCUUUAAUAGAGCGAUUGAGGCCCUCACAGCAUGCGCAGGUGCUGUUGGACACUCGUCCCCAACUUUGGUUGGUGAGGGUCUCAGUGACGAUGAUUC